GGUUUGUGUCCCAUCAAACAAACAAUCCCUAAGUAGUCCUGAAUCCGGAAAAGUUCAGUAUAAAUUGCGCAGCCCAACUCGGUGACGGCGACGGGACAAGUUGUUGGGUGUGCAAAACUGUACGAAUCUUCUUUCUCAUCUGAGCACAGUGAUAGAGUGUUCUUUGUUUAUAAAUUGGAGAAUCAAUGGGUUCUUCGUCAACGGACGCUUUACCCCAAAUUCAGGAAACUUUGAUGGAAUUUCGUGCUGGUAAAAUGCUCAUGGAGGGCAAAAAGGUUAUCCCUGAUUCACGGAAAGGACUUGUUCGUAUAGGCAGGGGUGAAGAGGGACUACUCCAUUUUCAGUGGCUUGACCGUAAUCUCAACAUUGUUGAAGAUGAUCAGAUUGUUUUCCCAGAGGAGGCAGUCUUUGAGAAGGUCAAUCAAUCAUCUGGAAGGGUUUACAUUUUGAAGUUCUGUACCGACGAUAGAAGGCUUUUUUUUUGGAUGCAGGAGCCAGCAGCUGACAAUGAUGCACAGUUAUGUAGCUCAGUCAACUUCUACUUGAAUCAACCACUAGAGUUUCCUGGUGAAGAUGAGCCUGAAGCUUCAGCUCCUUUACCAAAUUCUGAAGAUAUGGUAGAAGAAGAUAUUUCAUUGAGGGCGGGAAAUUUGGUUAGUGCAAGCAUGAAUACUGAAGCUAGUAGCGAUGUGACAUCUUCAGGCCCAGUAAAGAUGUCUGAUCUUCAAAGAAUAUUGAGUAACAUAGGGUCCACAGAUGAAGCUGUAGAUCCUGAUGCAGGAUUGGGAUUGGGAGAUAUUUUGAGGCCUGAGCUCAUAUUACCACUGAUUGAGGAAAUACCACUAGAAGAACAACUAGCUUCACACUUGCCAGAGGGUCAUUGGACACCAUAUGAAUUAAUGGAAUUGCUACAGAGUCCUCCGUUCCGUCAGCAGUUAGAUUCAUUUACUUAUGUUCUUCGAACUGGACAAAUAGAUCUGACUCAGUUUGGAAUUGAUCCAAGUCAAUAUAAGUUGACGGUUCCAUCUUUUCUCGAGGCCCUAGAAGAUUCUGUUUCCAAGGCAUCAGGAUCCAAUGAAUCAAGGCAGGAUGAGAAGGAUUUAAGAUCUCAAACGUGUAACAGAAGUGAUCCCAUGGAUGAAGGGCAUUAAGAUAAACAGUGCAAAUCAAGACUGUUGUGAAGUGAUCACAAUGUUUAUUUGAAAGAAUUGAUUUUCAGAUGAUGUGAACAUGUUACUUACAAGCACUGUAAAGAAGGUACUUACUCAGAGUGACAUUUCCUUUGAUGUAAACAAAAGUUGUGUAUUGUUAGAGGUGAUAGACAUUCAAGUCAUUUCCAAUUGUGUGUCCAUGUAUGAUGUUUCAACACCAAAGUUUGAGAUUCUAUCGCUUUAUUCAUGGGA